CGCUAAUGUACUUGCAGUGUUUUGUAUUUGUAAUUGGUGACCAUGUUAUUAAAUGUCAUCAGUCUUCAGGAGUUAAGCUUCGGCCACACAGAAAGCUACGCUAUGUUCGCUAUGUUCGCGAUGUUCGCUAUGUCCGCUAUAUUUGCUGCGCGAGGUGGCCACACAGAAUAGUGUAGUUUGCGAUGUCGGCGAGGCGCAUGCCGUGGGAUUCGAGUGAGGAUUCCGACGAGGAUGAUAUUCUGUUGGCUCUCACAGUAUGCAAACGAAAAAAAAAAUGGGUUCGUGAAGUGAAUCUCAAAAGAAAUGAAUUUGGUGAAUUUCAUCAUUUAAUGAAGCAGUUGCGUGCGGACGAGGCCAAAUUUAUUGAAUACUUUAGAAUAAAAACAACUCAGUUUGAUAGCAUAUUAUUGCUAAUAAAGAAUAAAAUUGAUAAGAAGAAUUUAAAUUACAGGAAAAGCAUUGGAGCAGAAAUUUAAUUUGAUCAUUAACUGAAUAAUUAAUGAAUUGCAAUUACACCUAACCUGGUUUAUUAACCUCUUUGUAAAUCAAAUCCCAGGCAUUAUCACGCAUGUCCUGCUUUCUAUAAUCUUAUAUUGAUUUGUUCCAUAAACUUGAAUAUUUUCUUACUUCUUCAAUAAAAUUUUCCGUUGACAUUAUACUAAUAAUGUAAACACUGAAGUGGGUACCUACAGCAAAAUUCCGCGCGAAAACAGAUGUUUUUGUUUAUCUGCGCAUGCGCGAAGUCAGCGACGUUUUAGAAAAAUAGCUAAGAACCAAACACCUGGCGACGUCGCCAACAUAGCACACAUAGCGAACACAGUUUUGUGUGGCCAGUGGCACCUGUGAUGCAGCUGGCUAUAUUGUGAUCGCGUAGCGAACAUCGCGAACAUAGCGAGCAUAGCGCUCUGUGUGGCCGUAGCUUUAGUCGAAAGAAUUUAGCCAUUCAUUCUUGUACCCUGUUCUAAAGAUUUUAUUUUUAAGACCUGGUUUGCUGUAACACAUAUUUGUAAACGCAAGUAAUAGAUCAUGGAAGCGAUUAUAUUUGUGAUUUUAGACUGUCAGGAUGAACAACUCCUAUGCGAGGUCUGGGCAAGACCAGUCAUACCCUCAACUCGACCUCAGUGGAAAGUUAAUUAUAAAGGUACAGCUAGGAGAUGACGUGCGGCGAAUACCGAUACACAAUGAAGCCAUUACCUACGACGAGCUGGUGCUCAUGAUGCAGAGGGUUUACCGAGGCAAGCUCAGCAGCUCCGAUGAGAUCACAAUCAAAUAUAAAGAUGAAGACGGGGACCUGAUCACGAUCUUCGACAGCUCGGAUCUGGCGUUCGCGGUGCAGUACAGCCGCAUCCUGAAGCUGCAGAUCCUGGUGGGCGGGGAGGGCGCCCAGCGCGGCCUGGGGGCGACGCCCGCCCAGGUGGGCCGGAUCCGGCGCGAGCUGCAGCGCAUCCGCGACCAGGUCAACCACCUGCUGGACGGCCUGGAGCCCAAGGUCACGGAAGUGAGCAGCUCCACUGCGCCCGACGUCAAGACAGAAGUUAGGACAGACGAGAAGAAAGAGGAUAAGCGACGUGACCGGGAUAGCGACAGAUCUCGAGACAAAGACAGGUCGAGGGAAAAGUCGCGCGAUUCGGAGAGGGACAGAGAUGGCGGGAGCCGCUACUUCGGGGCCCGCAAGCGGCGCUGGGCUGGCAACAACGAGCCGCCGUGGCGCAGCAGAGACGACGGAGAGCAAGCCACGGGCACUGUCAGCUCCAAGGAGUUCGAUCCUCUGCAGGAGCAGGCUCGGAGGAAUGCAGAGGAAAACGCGCCUCCUGUGAAGGACGGGCAGCCACAGUCUGGGCCAGACGAUUCUGCAACGAAACAGCCCGACAGCGCUGCCAACGUGCCGGUGAAGGUGGCGUCGAGGUUCGACUCGAUGCAGCCUCCACAGCAGUACCAGGUGCCACCCACGUCCCAGCCGCCCAUGACGCAGGUCUACCAACAGCAGGAGCUCUCGGCUGGGCCCCCGGGGCAGCAACAGGCAUUCCAGUCUCAGCCCCAAGCUGGGCUGCCUUCAGGCUACCCUUCCAUGUACAUACUGGGGCAGCCCCAGCCGGGCCUGUUAGUCUCCGGUCAGCAGCCGAUGCCGCAGCCACCGCAGUUCCCCGCAAACCCGGCACAGUUCCACCAGUACCAUCAGGGGAACAUGCAGCCGGGGUACAUAGCAUCCCCGCAGAAAACUGGAUCGCCGGGUCCCGUGUUCAACCCCCAGGGUAGCGGCUUCACCCCUCGUUUCCCCAACAUUCCACAGCAGCAGCCACAGCAGCAGCCACAGCAACAACAACAACAGCAGCAGCAACAGCAGCAGCAGCAAGCUUCCCCUCUGUCGAGUGGCUCGAACAACCCCUACAGCAAGGGUGGCAUAUACACACGCCCUGGUGGCCAGCAGGGCUACUAACGACUCAAGCCUAAUUGACAGCCACUGGCACACCAUGUGAAGUACCCUGAAUAACAGGGCAUGUACGUAAUUUGACUUAAACUCUGUUCUGCCUUGCACAGGUUUACUUGUUAAGGCAGUUGCAAAUGAUUAACACAGGAUGUUUCUAAAUUUUCCACCCAAUUUUACAAUGAUAUAACAUUUUAAUAUGAAGAUGAAACCAAGUAAAUUUUAAUAUAUGUAUUAUAAUACCAAGUUUUUAUUUGCCUUUCAUAAACUUUAAAUGUGAUAUCCGCUGAACACAUAGCAUACUUUAAAAUGGUAAUCAAACUUGUCCAAAGCUCUUGUGAGAAUUUAGGUUCUGCAAUAGCCACAGUUUUUGGAGUAUAUGACAAACCUGCAUAAGACAAAAUCACUAGCUAUGAGAUUGGGCGACCUGAGAGGCCAAUGGUCCCUUAAUGGCAGAUCCGUUAUUCAGGAUGCUCAUUGUUGGAAUGUCUUGCUUGGACACUAGGGUGUGGCCUGUGGACUUCUACCGUACACAAUCAACCAGUUUGUUCAAACUGCUGGUGCCAGCGUCAAAUGUUCUCAUGGUAGGAGGUUCACUGCCGUAAUGUCGACUGCAAUUACGCCGAGCCGUUGUAACCGACUUAUAUGCUUGUCAAAAUAGAGGAGGAGGAACUCUUUUUGCUGCUGUGUUGCGGCAAUCUCGAUUCGUAUUUUCGAGCUAGCAGUACCAAGUGAUGCAGGCACCACGUGAACCAGUAACAUGCAACAUGUGCCUCGGAACAUUUGAUGUUUUGAUGUUUAGUUUUACAUUUGCCAUGAAGGUGUUUAUUUAUGGAAAAGUUAUAGCCUUCUGAUAUAAUCAUUUUGAACUAACCUGUAUUUUUCUUUCUUUUUUUUCUUUUCUGUUUUACUUCUCUUUCUCAAUGAUGUUCCAUAAUAGUGGUUUAACUUAUCUAUUAACUAAAGAUACCCAAUCUUCUGUAAAUAAGAAGAUAAUGACUGAUUUGAGAACUCAGUCUUUACUGUGUGUGUGUUACAGUCAUAAAAGUUGUUCAUUUGCAACUUGCUCAUUUUCACGUACUCAGGACGGAACAGGCAAGUUUGUUUUGUAAAAUUAUCCUUGUCCAGCUGUAAAACUGCUUUAUGCUGUAGGUAGCUGUUAGCUAUCAUGUUAUCAUUAAAAAAAUUUUGGUAAACACAA